CUCUCUCUCUCUCUCUCUCUCUCCCCCAAAAAAAGAGAAAAAAAUAACCCACCUAAAGAACCCAAGGAGAACACUCCUCUGCAACUCCAUCAUCUCUUCCAACAUAAAAACAAGAUCCUAAAACCCAUCUUCAAAACCACAUCUCUCUCUCUCUCUCUCUCUCUCUCUCUCUCUCUCUCAACAAAACCCCAGUUCCAUAAAACCCCAGAAAAACCAGACCCUCUUCCCACCUCUUCGAAAACCCAUCAAAACCCCUGUCUACGCCACUUCCCCGCCCCCCUCCAAAAUCCAAUCCCUCCCUUCUCUUUACAUGCAUUUGCAUUUUCUCAUGCGAGUCAAUGAGUUUGGCUGCCCUUGAUUCUCUCGAGGGAAAUGGGGUGCUCGAUUUCGCAUCUGGCGGCGAAAUUCGCAUUCUUCCCGCCAAGCCCUCCAACAUACGGUGUGAAGACUGAAGACGAUGGGAGGGUGGUAGUCUCUGGCAUUCCCCACGACAACUCUAUGGACGUUCUCCUCAUCGAUACCAAGCACGGGAGCAAGAUUGUCGCCUUCUAUCUGCGGAAUCCGUAUGCUCGGCUGACUGUGUUGUAUUCCCAUGGGAAUGCUGCUGAUCUUGGGCAGCUUUACGAUCUCUUUGUCCAGCUGAAGAUCAAUCUCAGGGUUAAUUUGAUGGGAUAUGACUAUUCUGGAUAUGGAGCCUCUACUGGUAAGCCAAGUGAGUCGAAUACUUACGCUGACAUAGAGGCGGUAUACCAGCGCCUGGAAACAGAAUAUGGAGUUAGCCAAGAAGACUUGAUUUUGUAUGGGCAAUCUGUCGGAAGUGGCCCGACGUUGCACUUGGCAGCUCGGUUGCCAAGGCUGAGAGGUGUUGUUCUUCACAGUGCCAUACUCUCUGGCCUUCGUGUACUCUGCCAUGUGAAAUGUACUCUAUGCUUCGAUAUUUAUAAAAACAUCGAUAAAAUUCAAAGAGUGAAGUGCCCAGUGCUUGUAAUACAUGGUACCGAGGACGACGUAGUGAACUGGUUUCACGGGAAUGGGCUGUGGCAGCUUGCAAGGGAACCAUACGAGCCCUUGUGGAUCAAGGGAGGUGGGCACUGCAAUCUGGAGCUGUACCCCGACUACAUCCGCCACCUGUGCAGAUUCAUCCAAGAGAUGGAGAACAUAACCACGAAGAGCCGGCUCAAGAAGAUACGGCAGAGCCUCCGGCCACCCACGAGGACUGCUGCCAUAACCAACUUUUGCUGUUGUAGAUUCACUGCUGCCACAACCAAUCUUUGCUGUUGUAGAUUCACUGCUGCCACAACCAACCUUUGCUGUUGUAGAUUCAGGUUACGAUGGCCCAAAUGUCCAAGCUGCCGGUUCCGAUGGCCCAAAUGUCCAAGCUGCCCAAACUGUUGGAGGCCCAGAUGCCCAACGUUAUCUUUACCACGGUGCUUACCACGAUGCUGCUCGUGGCAUUGUGAGGGGAGAGGAUGCUGCUGCUUCUGCUGCUGAUGUUUAGUGUUUGUACAGAAAUUGACAAAUCACUAACCCCCUUAUCUUGAGGAACUGUUGGGCCCACGUUUUGGCCAAAUCUCCAAGAUUUGGAAGACGCCAACCGUUGGAUUUUUGGCCAACUUUAGUUUUUCUGUGAACUGAUGUGAAGAGGGUAGGCACUCUCAAGUCUGGGAGUUGUUUGGUCCCACCCCUCAUCCACGGCCGGGCCAACCAUAUCAACGUUUCGGAUUGCUUUGAUGUGGACCCCACAUGCUGGGAAGCCAGGAAUUAGCAUACUGCAUUUAAGCUGCUGGGGUGGAGGCGUCACUACAAUCCCUCAACCGACGUGCAUGCAAUCAAGAGGUAAGUGUAGCUGAUGACCCUUCGUUGAUGUUGUAAGAGGAUUCGUAUGGGACGUUGCUGUUAUUUGUAUUUUUACUGAUUUUGUGUGGGGUCAGAUAAAGAUAUUAUUGGAUUGGGAUGGGACGCGUCCAUGCUACCAGAUCGAUUGUACUAUGUUGAGCCUUAUGACCGUUGAAUCAGAGGGAUUGUGAUGGGACCA